GUGGUAAACCAUGUAAAAUAAUAGGACAUCCGGCGUUGACGCAUUUAUAUAGAUGCUCAAUCGAAAUUUGAGUUAUAGGUGUAUUGGGUGUUAUCGUUAAAAUGGUAAAAGCAAAGAAAUUUGUGCUGCGACAUAUUUUUGAGGGCCUACCUAAGCCUACCGAUGUCGAAAUUGUGGAGGAAGAAUUACCAUGCAUACAACAUGGAGAAUUUUUAAUGGAAACACUGUUUCUUUCGGUCGAUCCGUACAUCAGGGCAUUCGAGCAAACAGUUGGAGAUGUGGUAAUUGGUAAACAAGUAGCAAAAAUAAUAGAAAGCAAAUCAAGGAGGUAUCCGGUUGGUAAGUAUGUGGUCAACCACUUCGGCUGGAGAACGUAUACCAUCGCCAAAGAUAUUCCUGCGCCCGAAGGAAUUCUGCCCGAUUUUGGCAAUGUUCCUCUAUCACUGGCACUUGGUAUGUUGGGGAUGACAGGAAAUACGGCAUAUUUUGGAUUUUUGGAAAAGUGUAAACCGAAAAGGGGAGAUGUUGUCGUGAUAAGUGGUGCUGCUGGAGCUGUAGGUAGUCACGUUGGUCAAAUUGCUAAAAUAUUUGGGUGUAAAGUGAUUGGAAUUAUGGGAAGCGACGCAAAGGGGAAAUAUGUAACUGAAGAAUUGUGCUUCGAUCAUUUCAUUAACUACAAGAAGGGAACAAUAAAGGAAGACCUGAAUAAGUUUGCACCCAAAGGUGUCAACUGCUAUUUUGACGGGGUCGGUGGCGAAUUGAGUAGCACCAUUAUUCAUUCGAUGGCACCACACGGACGAAUCGCUGUUGUUGGAACGGCCUCAGAAUACAACGAUGACCCAACCAAGUUACCCAAAGUCACCCCAGUACAAAGUGCUUUCGUGGGAAAACUACUUCAAAUGGAAGGCUUUCAAGUAUACGAAUACGCUCCACGUUGGAAUGAAGGCAUUGAGCAGAAUCUUAAAUGGAUUCAACAAGGCCAGUUAAAAUACAAAGAGACCAUCACGGAAGGCUUCGAAAAUACAUUUAAGGCGUUUGUUGACAUGCUCCAAGGAAAGCACACCGGUAAAGCUAUAAUAAAGGUGUAAAUGUCUUCAGUGUAACUCACUCAAUCGCGCAAAUAAAAAGAAAAUGUCUGUCUAA